ACAGAGAUGACUCACAAGUGAUGGGGGAGAGGUUCCACGUUGAGCUACACUUCAGUCCAGGUGUCAACUGCUGUGUUCACAAGAACCUGCCUCCAGGACCUGGCUUUCGACCCAAGAGCAGGAAUGAGCCCCCUCUGUCCCCCAAAGCUGAGGCAGAAAUGAGGCGAGCAAGAGCCACCUCACGCAUUGAAGAGGAGGGCGACCUCCAGUACAUCCUUGAGGAGAUGGGAGAACGUGAUGCAGAAAAAGAAGAGGACAAGGAUGGGGAGAAGAAGGAAAGGGUCCAUUUCCGCCCAAGGGGAAGCGUGAGUAUUACAACAGGAGGCUACGAGCAGGUCCCCCAGUCUUCAUCACUGUCUCUCGACACGGAUCAAAGGAGUAAGGACCUCUUGACUCCACCGACAAAGGUGUUUCCAGAUAAAUACGUUGAGUUUCCUGAUGGUGUGAUGCAGCCAGGAGGUGUAGACACAACUGAUGGAGACAUAACCAUGCCCAACAAGUCUGAGCCAAUACCAUAUCCAUGAGAUCUCUCUCGGAUGGUGCGGCCUCAUACAAGCAAUCUCCAGCCACCGACACUUCUCUUACAAGACCGCGAUCCUUAGAGACGGAAAAUAACCUCAAUCCUGACAAUACUUCUAAGCCAGAAAAGG